CGGACAAAUUUGUGUAGCAUGAAUCGGCGUAAACGCGUUAUACCAAGUUAGUCCUGUGAAAAGCAUUUUGCAAGAUCAAAAAAUAUGGCAAUAUUUCUUGUUACGUUGACAAGUGUACUGUCAGUAGUGUAAUGCUUUCUGAAAUAUUAAAGAGUUGACGUAGAUACAAGACUAUAUACAUGGUGAUAUGCCAUGAUAUAUAUUAAAUAUACAUUGACAAUACAUUCACGCUAAUUCGCUAUCCAUUUCUCUAAACAGUUGGUAGAAUUUAUGCGUGUGGUGUGCGGUAGUCCGGCGACGGCGUCCGUUUGUAGGAAAGAGGAAAGGGAGAAGGAUUCCUUUGUCGGAAUCGAAGACGACCUUGUGUGUUUGGAAAUCUACAAAGACCAGAGAUCGGUAAAUUUGGUAUCUCUGAGAAUUCAGCGAACCCUACGUGCAUUCUAUUUUCUUUCUCCUUCCCUCAGUUAUCCAUAAACUUAUCUACACCUCAUCGUAGAUUUUUUUCUUUCCUGUAAAGUGGAAGAAUAACAGUGGUACAUAAAACGAUUACUCGGCUCCCUCCCUCGGGAGCUUCUGCGCCUCGGCGCUUAAGCCGUGUUAGGAAGAAAAAGGAAGAAAUUACGGAAGGGGGAAGGUUAAGGGGACGGCAGGAAAGGGAAGACGCGCCGUCCAUCACCAUGAAGCUUGUCGACCACGUGGUGAGAAGCUUCAAGGUGGCCAAGGUCUUCCGAGAGAAUUCCGAUCGUAUAAACAGUAUCGAUUUCUCGCCCAAUGGAGAUACACUUAUCUCCUGCUCGGAGGACGAUCAAAUCGUAAUAUACGAUUGUGAAAAGGGCACUCAAGUUCGUACAGUUAAUUCGAAGAAAUACGGCGUUGAUUUGAUUCAUUUCACACACGCCAAAAAUACUGCCAUUCACAGCAGUACCAAAGUAGAUGAUACUAUUCGAUAUUUAAGUUUGCACGACAAUAAGUAUAUCCGAUACUUUCCUGGUCAUACUAAGAAAGUAGUAUCGCUUUGUAUCAGUCCUAUAGAGGAUACUUUUCUUUCUGGAUCUUUGGAUAAGUCCUUGAGGCUUUGGGAUUUACGUUCACCAAAUUGUCAUGGUGUUAUGAAUGUUUCCGGACGUCCAGUUGCCGCAUACGAUCCUGAAGGUUUAAUUUUUGCUGCUGGAGUAAAUUCAGAGAGUAUUAAGCUAUAUGAUUUACGCAGUUUUGAUAAAGGACCUUUUGUGACCUUUAGACUUUCUCAGGAAAAAGAAUGCGAUUGGACUGGCUUGAAAUUCAGCAGAGAUGGUAAGACCAUUCUGAUAUCGACCAAUGGCAGUACAAUUCGCUUGGUGGAUGCUUUCCAUGGUACUCCAUUACAAACUUUUGCUGGUUAUUUAAAUAACAAAGGCAUUGCAAUAGAGGCCAGCUUUAGUCCAGAUUCACAGUUUGUAUUUAGUGGCUCUACAGAUGGUAGAGUACAUGUAUGGAAUGCAGAAACUGGAUAUAAGGUAUGUGUUCUUAAUGGAGAUCACCCUGCACCAGUUCAGUGUAUUCAAUUCAACCCAAAGUAUAUGAUGUUGGCAUCUGCAUGUACCAAUAUGGCUUUCUGGUUACCAACAGUUGAUGAAAGUGCAUAAGACUAAUCAGACCAAUAUAGGGCGAUGCUCUAAGAAAUUUAUUUAUUAUUGGUAUGGAAAUAAGCUGAGAACUACAGCAAACAGAAAGAAAUGGCGGUGUAAAGCUCCUGGGUAUAUUGAUUGAAAGAAUAUCGCAUCUAUAAUAUAUACAAGAUGAAAGAGCCGACGUAUGAGACGCCGGUACCGGUACGAACCCAAGGAGCCAAAGGAUCGUCAAAGGACAAGAAAGAUUACCAUUACAUGAUAAUCAUGGUUUUGGUACUUGCACUUGUCUACUGCAAAAUGGCACGUUUGGAGUACGUUAUACUCUUUCUAUGUAUGUCGUCGUUGUCUUCGUCGUCUUCAUCGUCAUGCAUCCUAUGGCGCGAUGAACGCGACCAUUAUAAUACAUACCUUGUCACUGUCUAAACUUGUGACAUACCAUCACUUCUAUAACAUCUUAAAGUAUAUUAAAUACUGCUAGUAUUCGGAUGUGUCGUCUUGUGUACAUAGUUUCUUUCCACGUACCUGUGUGUAGUAUAAUGGAUAAAGAACAACAUAUAUACUGGAAAAAAUCUCCUGUGACUGUGAAUUUUGUUAACUCACGAACAGUUAAAAUAUUUCAGCGUAUUUGCUUUUCUUCCACUUUGUCUGAUUUAUAUAUAAGGUGAAUCACAAAGAAGAGUUUUUAUUAUGUAUUGACAAUAUUAAAAUCAAGGCAAUACAUUUUUUAUGCAUCAAUUCAAACAAGAAGGUACGUUUAACAUUUUUGUACCAUGGUAUAAAUGAUAUCUUUGAAUAAAAUUUUUCAAGGAGCAAAGAAUAAUUUGCUUACAAUUUUCUAAACAAUUUUAAUUCACAAAUAAAUCUGAUAUUUGUUUUAAAUUUUGAUUGCAUCGAUGCUAUGAAAAAUGUUAACAAAUUUCGAAAACUUGACUACACACAUAUUAUUGUUAAUCCUGUUUGUAUAGAAACAGACUGUCAAUAUACAUGUACAUCCACACAGAUACAAAGAAUCAUAAAUGAGCAUUCAAUUACACCUGGUUGAUUCUUAGAAUUUGAACUCUUUCAUUACUUCAUUCAUUUAUACUUUUGUUUAAUCCAUUUAUUCUCAUGUACGACCGUCCGAAAACCAAAGGUGUUUGAUCAUCAUUUAUUGAAUACUACUAAAAGUAUAUUAAUACAAUGAUACAUACACGAAACAUACGAUGUUAUAAUAAGCGAAAAGAAGGUAGUCAUCGAGCUUAUUUAUUAUAUACGAUAAGCACACGAUCGCUCAUCUACGUUUUCUUUGACAGCGUUAAGCAUUUCAGGUUAUUACGAAUUUUUGUAUGAUAAAGUUUAUACCAUAUCUUGGUCUUGCACGACUGCCACAAAUACUUGCGUUAUUAUGCGUUAUCAUAACUACGAUAUAUCAUCAUCAAUUUGCAUACGUGAAACCGGCGGGCCGGAAUGAAAAAUUAAUCAAUAUUCGUAGUGAACGCAGUAAGGAAAACGUCUAAUCAUAAUCCAGUUAUUCUUGAGUUUGACCAGAUCCUCCCUCCUAGUCUGCCUCGAAGUGCAUACGAAUAGACAGGCUUGUUUUUUCAAAAUUUGCAUUGUAAAAAUUUCAAGAUUACUAGGCUAUGUUGUAAAAGAAAAAGAACAAGAAAGAAAAAGCAAAACAGAAAAGAAAACUUUUGCAUUACCGUCGAAUGUUACACACUUACACAAGCAUUCUUUGAACUUUGAUCGCAUUUGAUUCUUUGAACUUUAGCUCGAUGGUUAGUUGUACUUUCACACAUAUUUUCGAAUACAUUUAAAUUGAAAGGAAGCACCAUUUUUUGUUUGCGCUAUCUUACAUAUGUACACAAAAACGAUUAUUAGCCUGCCUAUUUAUCCUAAUACACCACCGUGAGAUUUUCAUUUCUUGAUCCUAAAGCUGCUUUGAUGCUUAGCGAAAGAAAAGGAAAAGGAUAGAAAGAAAAGAAAAAAAAAACAUACGAGGUGCAUUAGCCUAUAAAGAUAACCUAAAAUGUGAUUUAGUUAUUUCAAAAAUUUAUGUUUUUAUGAUAUGUACGUAAAGAGGAUUCUAUAAAAAAUUAGAUUAAAAACAAAGGAAAAAAAAAAGAAAAAAGGAACUGUACAGUACUACGAUUGAUAGGUAUUUGUUUUUGUAAACUGGUAUAUUUAUAAUUUACUGUUUUCUUUGUUUUUGUUUGUCUUCUUUCUUUCUUUUUUUUUUUUUUUUUUAAAUCUAUUAUAAUUAUAAAAUCAACAUUUUUCUAUGUUGCUAGGAUAUUUUGCUUCUUGGGUUCCCAAGUGAAAAAGUUUCGCAAUAGGCACGACCGAUACAAUUUAUGUUAAUGACCAAUAUUAUUUUAAAUAUUCCUUUUGUUUAAAUAUUCCGAUUGUUAUUUAUUUUAAUUUAAUUUCGUCACAAGGUGAUUUCGUAUGAUUUCUUUUAUUUUUGAAAAAUACCUCCAUUUUGAUAUCGUAAGUAGCAUCAAAUCGAAAUUACUUAUGAAUCAUCCUCGUUACAAGAGGGGGAGGGGUAGAGGGAGGGAGAGAGAGAAAGAAAGAGAGAGAAAGAGAGAGAGAGAGAGAGAGUAACCUCAUUUUUGGUAUAUAUUUUAAAUCAAUCUAUCCAGCCAUUUAAAAACGAUAGAAUGGAGAUACACACAUACAAAUAAAAAUAUAUGUGUAUGUAUAUAUGUAUAUUUAAAUUUUGAUAUGAAACGUAAAGAUUUUUAAAGAAUUUUUGAAUAUUUCGGGUAGAUUCGAAAAUAAUUAUUUACACUUUUACUUUUAUCAAGAAAACUUUCUGCGGUCGUGCCUAAAGAAGAAGAAAAAAAGAAAAAAGAGAAAUUAAAGAAAUUAGUUCAUAUCGAUAAAACAAAAAGUUUCAAGACCAUCGGAAAUAAUUUCCAUUUUUCCAUAGAUCGAAGAGACUUGGUUUUUUAUUUUCAUUAUUUUUAUUUUAUUUUUUUUUUUUCCACCGAUAUAUGUACAUAUAUAUUAUACAAUGUUCGUUAUUUUAACGUCUAAUUAAUAGAUUUAUUUUCUAGAGUUAGUACUUCGCGAGAAAGAAAAAAUACGUGAUUAUAAUAUUCUACUCGAUAGAGAGAGAAUGCAUGUUUUUUUGCGUACGUGGAUAUAUCUACUAGGCUGGAUGCACCCAUUCGUCGUAUACUUUCGUGUACGAUCGUGCUCCGAGGGUCAGCAGCGUGCAUGCAUGCGUGCAUGCAUAUAUGUAUGUGUCGUGUGUGCUUGCUGCGUGCGUGCGUGCAUGCGUGCGUGCGUGCGUGCGUCGUACGCUUGUCUCUUCUUCGUUAUGUAAAAUAGUAUUUUUAUAAAGGCAAAACAGUGUACGCAAGGUCCAUAAAGUCACGACGUUAAAGAAAAAAAUAAAAAAAAAAAGGCGAGAAAGAGCACGUAAUAGAUGUGAUGACGAUGACGUUUGGAUUAAAUAAAAAUAAAGAUUCGUAAGAAAAAAGUCAUACAUAUUGCCACAUGGG